GGGAAACGGGAAGCUAAAAAAAAAAAUCUGGUACACUGAAGUGCUCGGAAGCUUCGGUCCCACAUUUCUCGUGUUCGCGGAGCAAACGUUACGGCGAGAAAACGCACCUCAGCUGGUCGCAGCUGUACGAGUCAAAAUGGGGUGUUUCUUUUCCAAGAAGUCAAAAAGGAAGUCGGAUAAAGAGGAUCUGACGCCGACAACUACGACCGUCGACACCACGACGACGGGCAACGCGGUUCCCCUUGGCAACAACACCGACGAGGCUCCGAAGCAGUACAGCUGGGAUAAGAGAGAGAAGGUUGAUCCCAAAGACUACAUGCUGACAGGGCUCAAAGAUGUCACAGUGGGCCGUCUCCCUGACAAACUGAAUGGGCAACAGUUUGUCAUCCAAGAGUGUGAGAACUGCAACAUAUACGUGUUUGACCACUCAGCGACUAUCACCAUCGAUGACUGUGUCAAUUGCCGCAUUUUUCUUGGACCUAUCAAGGGCAGUGUGUUUUUCAGAGACUGUAAAGACAUCAAGUGCGUGGUGGCCUGUCAGCAGUUUCGCACACGGGACUGUAAAAAGAUGGAGGUUUUCUUGUGCUGUGCCACUCAGCCCAUCAUCGAGUCGUCCACAGGCAUGAAGUUUGGCUGCUUUCAGUAUUUCUAUCCUGAGCUGGCCUUCCACUUCAAGGACGCGGGGCUCAGCAUAUUCAACAACAACUGGAGCAACAUCCACGACUUCACGCCAGUGUCCGGCGAGAACAACUGGAGCCUGUUGCCAGAGGCUUCAGCGGUUCUGGAUUUUGUACCAGCACCAGAUGCCGAGUCUGAGUUCAAAUCAGUGCGAAUCUCCGCUGACCCCACUCGCAGCAUUGUGCCUUUGACAAAGGGAGGGAGACGUAAGGACAGUGAAGAGUCCUGCCUCUUUGUCUUCUUCGCUGGGGAGUACAGCACUGCAAAUUCCCGCAAACUGAUCGAUGAGGUGUCUACUAAAGGCUUUGUGCUGAUCCAGACAAAGGAAGUCUCAAUGCGACCUGAAGACGUGAAAAGAGUCUUCCAACACAGUGCAGAGGAUCUCGUGGAGUGGAUCACCAAAGGCCCUGUGAUUGCCCUGGAGCUGAAUGGUGACGGAGUUGUGGAAGCCUGCAAGAACAUCGCAACUGAAAUGUUCAGUGGCACCAAGGUUUUUGUCUCUGAUAACAAAAACACAUCCUCUCGAGAUGUGGACAACUUCUUCAAUUUUGCCGACAUGCAGAUGGGCUUGUGAAUUAUACAAAUAUCGAACAAACUGCUUGUCAGUCUCUGAAUCUUAUUUUCUUAACCAUCUGCCGCCCAGAUCUGGUUGAAUGCCAGUGGUGUUGGGACUAUUUGCCUCUUUUAAAAAUAAUAGGUAGGAAUGGAAAUUAUUAAGGACUAGAUUCAGUCUCUAUCAUCCAAAAAGAUUUGCUGUAAACCACUUAAUAUCCAUUAGUUGCUACGAGUGCUGUGAAUAUUUAUAUUUCUAUGAAUGUAUUUGAUAAUCCUGUUGCUUUUAUCGAUUGUGAAUGUAGUCUUUGCUGUAAAUCAGAUUCAUUUUAAUUUAAAGUGUUUGUUUUUUCAUUACUGUCUGAAACCGUUGACACAGUGACAAAAACAUGAGCACAAGCCUGAGGCAAAAUAUUUGUAAUAAUAAAUCAUAUUUUUUAUUUCCUGUAAGGAUUUAUUUGUGUAUAUGGUUUAGAUUGUGAACUUUUCUCUGUUUAAGAUGUGUACAUUUGAAACUUGCUGUGUAGGUGAGAAGGCCAAAGCUGAAUUGUGAAGAGCUUGAGUGUAUCUUGAAUUCAGAUCAAUUAAAUGUGAGUUACGCUAAAGUUGUAUAAAUGCUGAGUUUUGAUGUAGGCAAAUUAUAUUAUUAGUUUAGAAAAAAAAUAUUUGUAACAUUUGUUUUAUACUCCACUCAAUGUUUUUGUAUAGAAACAAUUUAAUGUUCUCCAUCGUCGUUUUUAGUAAAAGUGUCCUCAUGACGACUUCAGUUCUGUUAUGUAUGAAAUAAAUCUAUUUGAUAAUG